GGAAAAGAAAUCUCGCGAUAGCAGAGCGCCUGGCGGGGGCGGCACCUCUUCCUUCGUCCUCCUCCUGCUCGCCUUAGUUCCGGUCACAGAGGAGACACCGCCGCAGUUGUCGCCACCUCGGGAUUUCUGGCUCUUUUCUCUUCGCCUUAAAUUCGGGUGUCUUUUAUGAAUAAUCAAAAGCAGCAAAAACCAACGCUAUCAGGCCAGCGUUUUAAAACCAGGAAAAGAGAUGAAAAAGAGAGGUUUGACCCUACUCAAUUUCAAGACUGUAUUAUUCAAGGCUUAACUGAAACUGGUACUGAUUUGGAAGCAGUAGCUAAGUUUCUUGAUGCUUCUGGAGCAAAACUUGAUUACCGCCGAUAUGCAGAAACACUCUUUGACAUCCUGGUGGCUGGUGGAAUGCUGGCCCCAGGUGGUACAUUGGCAGAUGACAUGAUGCGUACAGACGUCUGUGUGUUUGCAGCACAAGAAGAUCUAGAAACCAUGCAAGCAUUUGCGCAGGUUUUUAACAAGUUAAUCAGGCGCUACAAAUACCUGGAGAAAGGUUUUGAAGAUGAAGUAAAAAAGCUGUUGCUGUUCUUAAAGGGUUUUUCUGAGUCUGAGCGGAACAAGCUGGCUAUGUUGACUGGUGUUCUUCUGGCUAAUGGGACAUUGAAUGCAUCCAUUCUUAACAGCCUUUAUAAUGAGAAUUUGGUUAAAGAAGGGGUUUCAGCAGCAUUUGCUGUUAAGCUCUUUAAAUCAUGGAUAAAUGAAAAAGAUAUCAACGCAGUAGCUGCAAGUCUUCGGAAGGUCAGCAUGGACAAUAGAUUAAUGGAACUCUUUCCUGCCAAUAAACAAAGUGUUGAACAUUUCACCAAGUAUUUUACCGAGGCAGGCUUGAAAGAGCUCUCGGAGUAUGUUCGUAACCAGCAGACCAUAGGAGCCCGUAAAGAGCUCCAGAAGGAACUUCAAGAACAAAUGUCUCGUGGUGAUCCAUUCAAGGAUAUCAUUUUAUAUGUCAAGGAAGAGAUGAAAAAAAAUAACAUCCCAGAACCAGUUGUCAUUGGAAUCGUGUGGUCAAGUGUAAUGAGCACCGUGGAAUGGAACAAAAAAGAGGAGCUUGUAGCAGAGCAAGCCAUCAAGCACUUGAAGCAAUACAGCCCUCUACUUGCUGCCUUUACUACUCAAGGUCAGUCUGAGCUGACUCUAUUGCUGAAGAUUCAGGAGUAUUGCUAUGACAACAUUCAUUUCAUGAAAGCCUUUCAGAAAAUAGUGGUGCUUUUUUAUAAAGCGGAAGUCCUGAGUGAGGAGCCCAUUCUGAAGUGGUAUAAAGAUGCACAUGUUGCAAAAGGGAAAAGUGUCUUCCUUGAACAAAUGAAAAAGUUUGUAGAAUGGCUCAAAAAUGCUGAAGAAGAAUCUGAAUCUGAAGCCGAAGAAGGUGACUGAAUUGUGAAACCACACCCUCAGUAAAGCAAACGGGAGUUGUAGAUACAA